AUUUAGUUUUUGUAACAAAUUAAAAAUUUCAGAACAUUUUCCCAGCAAACUAAAAAUGGAUAGAUUUGAAUAUUGGGUUAAUCAUCUAAAAUUAGUUCAGCAUCCAGGGGAUGAAGAAGGGUUUUUCAGAGAAGAAUUCAGGGAUACAUUUAUUGUGAAGAAUAAUCUAGGAGAAUGCAGGAAUUCUGCGACAGUUGCAUAUUUUGCGCAGAAAACGUCUCCACCCUUCUCCCCAUCAUCAUUUCUGUUCAGAUGUAAAGGAGCUGAGCUGCUGUACUACCAUUUUGGGGCUCCUUUAACUAUCAAAAUAUUCAUGAACGGAGUUCGACAGGAUCCAGUUAAUUUUACUUUGGGUCCCCAGAUUGAUGAAGGACAAACACUGUUUACUGCUGUACCAAAGGACACUUGGUUUACCAGAAUUGUAGAAUCAGAAGAUGAAAACAAUUUUACUGUUUAUAGUUGUUCUCUCAUUCCUGGUUUUGAGUUGGCAGAUUUUGAGGCAAGAAAAUACGGAGAUUUGAUGCAGGAGAAUUAAUAUUAUAAUUAAUGUAUGUCCAGAUUAUAUGAAUACAUUAUGCUUUCUAUACCUA